AUGCCACCCGAAGACUACCCUGAGUCCGUAGACGGACCUGGGACCACCAACACCACGCACCCACGACGCCAAGCGGAUGAAGCAGCAGCAGCAGCCAGAGACGUCGCAAAGCCCCCGGUGCCCAGCCUCUCCUUCUGCCGCCGCCGCGAAGAAAGCAUCGACAUCCAACUCCCCCACGUCAUUGCAGGAUGUCUCGUCGCCGCCUUUGCGACCACCCUUGCUGACCGGCUUGGCAAUGCGCUGCUCACGUACUACUACAUUGACGACCAAAAGGUGCCGGUCAAUCUCGACAGGGUCUUUGACCGUCUCAUGACCGAGUUCACCGGCCACAUCUGGGAUGAGCUCUGGGAUUUCUACUACGCGUCCAACCCGCAACAUGGACGCCAGCUGUCGCUCCUCUUCGAUGGGCCUAUUCGCCAGAUGGUCCUCGUCCUCAACGGACCCGAGCUGUCCCGCUGCGUCCUGGAUAAGAUAGCGCCCGGCCUGUCGCAGAGACCGACAUCAUGGACCCAAGCCUCCAACGGGAUCGACAUUCACCUCGCCCUACAGGUCGUCUGUCGCUGGUGGGACACGGAGAAGAAGGCGCGGUCGCCGGGCGGCAACCCGGACGACAUUGCCCGCACCAUUGGCACCCACCUGCUCAACGGCAAGGCGCUCGCCCACUUUGUGCGUCGCAUCCGCACGGUACUGUACUCGCCGCACCAUGUGCAGAUGCACCUCAUGGAGUCGGCGGCGUGGGAUAUCCUACUCAAGAGGCGCAUGCCACCGCCAACCGACGGCUAUCACGUACUGCAGUUCCGGUUCGAGUGUGACCCGCGCCAGCGCAUCAUGGAGCAGGGCCACCUAGACGUGGGGGCGUUUCCCGCCGUGACCGGCACAGCGGGGGAAUGCGUCGCGACGACCAUUGGCGACUAUGCGACGAAGCAGUGGCCGCGAUGCAGCCACGUGGUGGUCGGUGCCGUCCGGGACGCCCUCCGCGCGGCCGCGCAGUCGUCGCAGCAGGGACAGGGCUUCGCGGGCAUGUCAUUCUGGGACGACAGCGAUCCGGACGCCGUCCUUUCGCCGGGCCUUCGCCUGCUGCACGUCGAGGUUGAGGAGGGCAUGAUCCGGCUCAGUACCUCGGCGUGGCUGUUGGCGUUCACCUCCAUCACGCAGCUCAUGGCCUGGCUCUGCGCGACCCUGAGCUCGUCCCCGUUUCCCGAGGCGGUCUCCGAGUGCUGUUUGCAGAUCACGCACUGGGAGCACACGCGCGAAUCGACAUUUAUCAGCUGCAGCCUGGCACAUCGAGCGGUGCCGGCUGGCGAGGGCGUUCCGUGGUUGCAUCAGCGGCGUGGCGUUGUCGUGGUGCCUGGAUUUCCUAUAGAAGAGCAUAUAGCGGGGAGUAUAAUGUAA